CUUUCUGACUACUUGCGCAGAUGAUCAGAUUCAUUGUUAGUCCUACUAUAAGUUAUUUUAUUUUUAACAGAUCUUGCAAGAGUCUUGUAAAGAGCACAUAAGCAUAAAUGACAGUGCAGCAAAGGAUAGCGCAGAGGUUAACAUAGAGGACACUACUGAAUCAGAAUAAUUUCCUCCAGCAGCGCAGUGAGGGUGUAGAAAGAUGUCAGAUAGCAGUCCAAAUACCGAAAUAGAGAUUGUCUUACACAAGCGUGAGUAAGAGUACAAUUUAACACAAUAAUAAAAGAGUCACAUUUUGUAGAGGUACUUUCAUAAAAACAAGAUACUACCAUAAUUCACAAUCAGGGCACUUCCUGAGUUGCAGACAUCAGUAUUGGCACCCCCUGUCUGAACUCAGAUAAUGUACCUGCAAUCUUUACUAGUACUUGCCAAGAUGAAUGAGUGUUCAAUAAAUGUUUUUUGCAAACACUUGCUAGCUCCCUGCAUAGCCAUGCUGCUUCUGUUGCACUUCCCUUCCCCUGCACGUCAUAUAGCAACAGGAGGAGUUCCACAGCAACCACUUAAGAACACUUCCUGCUUACCAAAACGCCAGUUUAAAACUUAAAAUAAUGCUGCUUUCCAGCAACCUUUUGAGUAAAACUGCAUUGGUGUUUGUCCUGGGGCUGUGUAAACUAGUUAUUUUUAUUAGCUUUACAAAUCACUGGAAGGACACUUUAAAUAUAUACUGUAAACAGAGUGCAGAGUGCGGGCAGCAACAAAUAAUUUUGUGAAGCAGUUACCCCUUGCUAUUGGACGUAGCUUGUACAUUCUCAAAAACAUUUGUGCAGUGCUGCCUAACGUACCAGCCUCUCUCUGACAAAGUGGUUAAUACUGUGCAGGUGCAUGUGAUCAAAGAACAGACAGAAUUACAAUCCAGGUGCAAAGAUGCAAGUCCACCCAGACAACCCAGAGAUCCCUCAACCCCGCGGGCCGCUGGCAAGAUACUCUGCGAUCUGCUUUGGGAUUUUGCUUUCAGUUUUUGCUUUGAUUGUUCAAACUGAUGAUAUUUUUCAUUGUUUUGCUGUUCCUGGAUUGAUCUUUUCAUUUUGUGGAAUUUUAAAAGGUGUUUGUCACCUGUCAGAGGAAAUAGUCUUUCAGUUCAGACCAAGGUACAGAAGCAGUUUAAUAGAAGUUUUGAAGGCAUGUUUCAGUUGGAAAAAUGUCUGUGUUGCAGUCUUUCUGUGUUUUGUCUCCAUCAAACUUGAAGAUUGGAUUUGUAUUCUCACAGCAUGCGCCUGUUUCAUGCUAUUCACGGGGUCACAAUUUUGGAGCCCAACGGCAGUGGAAAUCUCGACAAUAUGUGAGAACAGAAAGAUGAAUGUUGCUCAUGGCUUGGCCUGGUCUUUUUACAUAGGAUAUUUAAAACUGGUUCUGCCAAAACUGAAGGACUCCAUCCAGAUUUUCUGUGACAAAAAUAAGAAUUCAAUUUUAAAGUGCAAGGAUACAUGGAAGCUCCACAUUCUAAUGCCUCUGAGCUGCACAAUCCCAGACAAGUUGGAAGAUGAAGAUUCUAACAUAGUAUUCCUAGAAAAUCUUCCAGACAUUGUGAUUGACCGGGCGGGUGUUAGAACAAGAGUUUACAAGCACAGCCUCUAUGCGAUUUAUGAUGAUGCUAAACGGCCUCAUCACUGUGUGCUGGAGUAUGCCACACCUCUGCUGUCCUUGUAUGGGAUGUCUAACGAGUCGUUGGCAGAAUUCAGCAGAGAGGACCGUCUGGAACAGGCCAAGCUGUUCUACAGGACUCUGAAAGACAUUCUGGACAACUCACGAGACUGCAGGAACAGCUACCGCUUCAUUAUGUAUGAUGACUCCCAGGCCGCGGGGGAUCCUCACUUCCUUUCGAAGGAAAUUCUGAAACACCUCCAGCAGCAGGAGAAGGAGGAGUACUCCCUGAGCGAAGGCUCGGAGGUGCAGACUGACCAGCACGAGGCCAUGUCUCAAGACCCCACGUUAAUGAUCAGCAACGAAGCACCGCGCUCACUGUUGUCUCACUUCUAACACUGUAUUCAGUAAACACUAAGGAUAACAAAAACACUGUAAACUGGUUUAAUAAUUACAGCUUCCUAGAGCUUCAGGUCUAACAAGUCACGUAGACCAACCUUUCAGCUGGUAAUCGGCACCCUGACCUGAGAAUGGCGAUGUUUUUUCUGGAGCUUGGCUGAAUGUAAAAGUGAGGAAGUCUUUUGAGUAACCACACUUAAAUGUCAGUUUGUUCAGCCUUAGGUGGAAUGUGUAGGUUGUGGCAGUUUAUAGUAUUCUUAUUAAUGAGAAAGCAUUUUUCUUAUUUCUUAUUUGUUUUGACUUUUUUAAGAAAUAAGUAAAAUCAGCUGUUUUCAAAAUAUGCAAAAUAAAAAAAUAAAGAAAGUGUUUCUGAUAA